CGGAUUCCGUGUGGUUGCGUGAAAUAGUUCGGCUUUCCUCGUGUGGUCAGGUGAUUUCCGAGCAGAUGCUGGUCGAGAAGAAACCAAAACACACGGGCCAGCACGGAGCCUGUGAUGAAGCUAAACCAAAAGAAGCUCGCCCAUCGCCGAAACGACAAAUGCGUAGCAAGCAGAUCGGGCGGUGAAUUAGCUAACGACACGGGGGAACCAAUGGUAGCUAGCUAACCAGCCUUCGUUACACCAUGAAUUUAAGAGGACUGUUUCAGGACUUCAAUCCCAGUAAGUUCCUGAUCUACUCCUGUCUGCUGCUGUUCUCCGUGCUGCUGUCCCUGAGGCUGGAUGGAGUCAUCCAGUGGAGCUACUGGGCCGUGUUUACCCCAAUAUGGCUGUGGAAGCUGUUGGUCAUCUUUGGGGCCUCUGUGGGCACUGGGGUCUGGGCCCACAACCCUCAGUACAGGGCUGAAGGGGAGACAUGCGUGGAGUUCAAAGCCAUGCUCAUCGCAGUGGGGCUCCACGUCCUGCUGCUGAUGUUCGAGGUGUUAGUGUGCGACCGCGUGGCGAGAGGAAACUACUUUUGGCUUCUCGUCUUCAUGCCUCUGUUCUUCGUGUCACCAGUUUCUGUAGCAGCCUGCGUCUGGGGGUUUAGACACGACCGCUCUCUCGAGCUGGAGGUGUUGUGUUCAGUUAACAUCCUCCAGUUCAUCUUCAUCGCCCUGAAGCUGGACAGGAUCAUCAACUGGCCUUGGCUGGUGGUGUGUGUCCCACUGUGGAUCCUGAUGUCCUUCCUGUGCCUUGUUGUCCUCUACUACAUCAUCUGGUCUGUCCUCUUCCUCCGCUCUAUCGACAUCAUCGCAGAGCAGCGGCGAACACACAUCACCAUGGCGAUCAGUUGGAUGACCAUUGUCGUACCGCUUCUCACAUUUGAGAUCCUUCUGGUGCACAAGCUGGACGGCCACAACAGCCUGAGCUAUGUGUGUGUGUUUGUCCCUCUCUGGCUUUCCCUGCUCACACUCAUGGCCACCACCUUUGGCCAGAAGGGAGGGAACCACUGGUGGUUUGGCAUCCGUAAGGACUUCUGCCACUUCCUGUUGGAGCUCCUCCCCUUCCUGCGAGAGUACGGCAACGUGUCCUACGAUCUCCAGCGCAGCGAGGACCCCGAAGCGGCUGAGGAUCUGCCCGUCCCCGAGCCGCCACCAAAAAUUGCCCCCAUGUUCCACAAGAAGACAGGCGUGGUGAUCACACAGAGCCCUGGGAAGUACUUCGUCCCGCCACCUAAACUCUGCAUCGACAUGCCUGACUAAUCAGCGCUAAAGCGGCAGGGGCCGCAGUGCUGAUGUGUUUAACUCAUAAAGCCAAAACAGCAGAGGACAAUGCGUUUGGGUUUUAUCUGCUGUCCUGAAGGACUUGGUCCCCUCACCUGAACUCUGCAUCAGCACGGCUGGAAAGGGUGAGACGCCAGAGCCAUUAUGGUGAUUAUGGGUGGAUCCAGAAACCGCAUAUUAGUUUCGCCGGCAGUUUUGAAGUAAAGACUCCACUGCCUAAAUCUGUCGAGGAUGGAAUAACAGAAUCAAAAUAGAAGACUUGGUUUAUCACCUGUAGGUGAAGAUUCACUGUGUUGUUUCCUCAAGUUUUAUCCAUUCUGAAGAUGUACAUUUUGGGGGAAACUGACCACAGAAGCAUCUCAGAUUGACUUGGAUCCAAACAUUAGGGCUGGCAUGACUUCUGAGACACAGAGGAGGAACUGAAUACUUGACUCUAACAGCAGUAGAUCCCUGCUUUAGGUUCAAAGAGUGUCCGAGUAAAAGAUAAUGCUUGCCUUGCUUUGUGAUGGGGACCAUGUGUGUGUGUGUGUGUGUGAGAGAGAGAGAGAGAGAGAGACUGACUCUCCAGCUUAAAUUUGGGAUCAGUUUGACCCCGUCACUCCCGUUUUCACCGUUGACCAUGUGGGUGGAGAAAACAAGGGGGGGGGCGGGGUUAAAGGAAAUGUUCAGAUUUUUUCAUGUCUGUCUUAGUACUGCACUCAGAUGUACAUUUAAAGAGUUAUGGGUCUGUAUAAUCAUUCGUCCUAUUCAUACAGGCUGUGACGCGACACCCUUCUAGUGCAACUCCAGUGUAAAAAGAUGGACAGCCCUCGUUCUGUGCAGAGUACAUUCAAAUUCAGGCUGAAGGUAAUGUGCGGCUCCUGCGGUCUUUUUAGUACAAAAUUCACUUUUUGUGCUCUACUGGACACUGCUUCCUCGUAAAGCUGCAUGAAAAAUAGACGUACAAAGUGAGAAUUUGGUACUAAAAGAUUGUAACUUCUGAAAAUGUCCGCUUCAUCUGCUUUACUCGGACUGCCGAAGCCUCAUAUUAGCUUCAACUGAACACUGGAAUGAAAAGGGGGACACAAUUUCUUUCCCAUUUCUCUAAUUGCAGUUGAGCUAUAGAGGGAUUACCUUACUGCCAAUAUAAACAGAGGAAUAAUUAAAACCAAUAACUCUUAAUAUACAUGGCAUGCAAGUACUGUUUUGAGACGGACUUGAAAAAACCGGAGUAUUUCCUUUACAAGACAAACAAUGGUAAUGGCACUUUGUUAACCUGUUCCAAGAGGAAACCUGUCUGACCUAUGAGGGUUUUUUUUUUUUUUAUUCCUGUGGGUUUUUUUUUUUUUUUUGUAAAUACCAGAAGUUGUCAGGUUAGGGACCAGAGCGGAGAUGGCAGGGUUGAAUGUGGGAAGCAGACCUGGAAAAAGAAAAAGAGUAUUUAACACUCAUUGGCUUCUGUUUUUACUUAACUUGGAGUGUACCACCCUGUGCAGAUGAUCAACAGUCACCACAUUAAAUCAAGACAAUGUUUAACAAGUUGGUAACCAGAGAUUGUCCAUUGACUUUUUGGUUUGUCUACAACUCUUUCAUCCACAAUCUCAAGGUAUACAGUGAAUUCUUUACCUCCCGUGUGAAAGUCAAAGAAUUUUAAUGUGAUUUAACAGCUUUCAGAUUAUUCUAAUGGCAAGGGAAUUGAAUUGAAACAAAAAACAAACAAACAGCGUAUUCAGGGCCAUGCAUUGUCACUGACUUUGGUGUGUCUUAUUUCAUACCACCCGUAGGAGUCGGCAAAGCCAGACAUUUUCAGUUCCUACAAAUAUCAGCUAAAACUAGUUGAAACAGUGAAAACUUUGGAACACUUUUUUUUUAAUCCAGACCUGAUUGAGUAGAGAGUAAAACUCCUGAAAUUCCCUGUGUGUGUGUGUGUGUGUGUGUGUGCAGAUUGCCAGAUUUCCUCAUGUUACUCAGAAAAGCAACAACAGUCAUCCCCAGCUUUUAUUUGAUUUUGUCCAGCAUAUUGUUUGUACAUUUUACUACGGAGCUUAUGCAACUGGAGCAACCUGGUUUUUCUUGUGAUGAUAGUCGGUGGAUUUACAAACAUUGUACAAUUUGAUCCUUAAGUAUUUGGAGAGUGACACCAUUUAUUAUUUUGCCUCGGUGCACCACCACAAUGGAUUUGAAACGAAGCCAUCAAGAUGUGAUCGAAGUGUAGACUUUCAGCUUUAAUUCAAGGGGUUUAACAAGAAUAUCACCAUAACCGUUUUCAGAGGCUCAUAAGUAAUUGGACAAUUGACUGCUCAGUUUCAUGUCCAGAUUUUGGCAUUUGGUAGC